AUGCGAGAGAGCAAAGCCCCGCCCUCGAGCGUGGAGCGAUUGAAUCUGCAGCUGGAAUUGGUUGGCCUGAUUAUUCAUUGCGUGAGUGCUGCAAUAGCUGCAACACUCAUUGCUGCUGAACGCUAUAAAUUCCAGGACACUUGUGACAUAAAAAUCGAAUUGCGGAUAAUUUUGCCGGAAGCCGAUGCCGAUGUAUGGCGCUACACCUAUGGACGUGUUCUUCAAAUUGAAACUCACUUGGCCUCAGUUCCUUCUGACGAAAUCAACACUCGGCCUACGGCGAAGACCGUCUUCAACGCGCGGUCCGACAACAUGUACGCAUCCCACCUUAGUAUCAUCGACGGUUGUGACCGAUGUAUCGGAUGA